AUGAGAUGCAUCACAGCAGGAGUAAGGACCGGCAGGGCCGAAGAUAGCGCAGCAGAUACAGGUAGCAAAAGGACUCCCCCAAAUGCCAAGACACUUGUGAAACAACUUAGGGAGCGCACAUCUGUCAGUAUGGGCCUGUGUAAACGGGCGCUGGAGGAGUCGAAUUGGGAUGAGGAAGAAGCUGUGGUAUAUCUAAGGAAGAGUGGCAUCGCCCGUGCAGCCAAAGCUGCCAGUCGCGAAGCUCGUGAAGGCGUCAUUGCUGUCUGUAGCUCAGCUGACGGAACUCAAUAUUCUGCAGUUGUAUUGAACUGCGAAACAGAUUUCGUGCAAAAAAACCCGAAGUUUGUUGCUUUUGCUGGCGCCCUUGCCGAGCAUUGCUGUUCAACUUUGCGGUCUACUGCCACCACCACAUCAGAGGCCUCUCAGAGUGACCUCGUUACGCAUGUGAAGAACUCAAUACCUUCAAAGAGACUUUCAAUGUGCGUUCAAAUGGACUCCACUACAGCUUCAGCGAGUUCCGUCAGUGAAUUGCUUGCGGAUUUGACGACGCAAUUCGGGGAGAAGGUCGAAGUUUCCGCGGUGGAGUGCAUUGAAAGCGGCGCAUCGUCCUGUGUUGGUGUGUACGUACACAACGAAGUCACGCCAGGCUCAGGUGUUGGAAGUGCAGCUGCUUUAGUGGAGCUUCGUUGGGCUCAACCUGAUACGUCCGCAACACACGCGACAGCCCUGCGUGAGCGGCUGUCUAAAUUUGCAAGGCUUAUGGCCAUGCAGGUUCUUGCGACGCGUCCAAAGUUCGUUGACCUGGACUCCAUGCCAAGUUCCGUUAUAGAGGAAGAGCGCUCAAUUGCCGAAGAGGCAACUGCAGCAGCAGCUGCUGCUGCAGCAGCAGGAACCAAGAGCGCCACAGGACCAAAGGAUCCGUCUCCCCCAGGAACCAAGGAAACAGCCUUCUCAAAAAUUGCUGCGCAACGAAUGCAGAGGUGGCUGGAGGAGCAGUGCCUUCUUUUUCAGGAGUUUCUGAUGAUGAAGCAACUGCAAACCGACGUUAUACCGCACGCGCAGCCAGAGGCAGCAACGAACAGCGGCGGCAACAGCAGCAAUGGAGAAAAAAGCAGUCAACCACAGAGGCCGAUCACUGUUGCAGGAGCCCUGCAGCUUGUAGAACAAAGCCUGGGCUGCAGGCUGACGGUAUCUCGCAUGCGUCUGAUUACUGUUGGGAGUCAGUGA